AUGACUGGCAGGAAGUUCACCUACAUGUCAGACGAUGGUAACAAGUUAAGCAAGAUUGACCGCAUGCUUGUAAGUGAUAAUUUUAUGUCUAAGUGGCCGAAUGCGGGUUUAAAACCAUAUCCUCGGGUAUAUUCGGACCAUUGCCCACUUAUGUUGUGUACGGAGUCGGAAAAUUUCGGUCCAAUCCCAUUCAGGUUUUUUAAUAGGUGGCUCGAAGAUAGAAGGUUGGUGGAAAUUGUGACUUUGGUUAUGGGUGAAUCAUUAGAUAAACCUACAGCAGAUCUGGAUCUAUCUGAAAGACUCCGGAGGAUGAAAAUUAAAAUAAAGGAAUGGAGACAGGUGGAAAGGGAGACAGAGGAGAAGGUUUAUAGCGAGGCUCUAGAGAUGGUAAACAUAUUAGAAUUGAUAGCGGAAGAUAGAAACCUGUCCGAGGAAGAAAAGGAGCUGAGAAUGUUAAAUAAAAAAGUGUUGAACAAAUGGGGCGACGAUAAAGUAAAAGAUUUAGUACAGAAAUCAAAUGCUAAAUGGAUUAAGUUUGGGGACGAUAAUACUGCUUACUAUCAUGGGUUGUUAAAAUGUUACAACGCGGCAAAUCGGAUCAAGGGUUUAUACAUAGAUGGGGAGUGGUCGAAGGACCCCGUAUUAGUUAAAGGGGAGAUAUUUAAAUUCUUCAAAGAUAAGUUCAAGGAACCUUUGGGAAGUAGGCCAAAAAUCGACCCUAACAGCACCAUUCACCGAUGA